CCACGUUGUGCAAAUCCGAUCUCUCUCCCCAAUCUUCCUGCGCCACAUAAAUCUCAGUAUUUUCUCCAAAUCUCUGCAACUCUCGAUCGUUAACGGCGACCGAACUUUUUAACCGGUAAAGAUGAACGACUUAGAUGUGUCGAAGCAGAUCCAGCAGAUGGUGAGAUUCAUCCGGCAAGAGGCUGAGGAGAAGGCAAACGAGAUCUCCGUCUCCGCUGAAGAAGAAUUCAACAUCGAGAAACUGCAGCUAGUUGAGGCGGAAAAGAAGAAGAUCAGGCAAGACUAUGAGAAGAAGGAGAAGCAAGCUGAUGUACGCAAGAAGAUUGAUUACUCGAUGCAGCUGAAUGCGUCAAGGAUCAAAGUUCUUCAAGCUCAGGAUGAUAUUGUCAAUGCCAUGAAAGACCAAGCAGCUAAAGAUCUUCUCAACGUCAGUGCCGAUGAGGAUGCCUACAAACAGCUUCUCAAGGAUCUCAUUGUUCAGUGUUUGCUUCGGUUGAAAGAGCCUUCUGUGUUGUUGCGUUGUCGUGAAGAGGACUUGGGUUUAGUUGAAUCUAUUCUUGAGGAUGCAAAGGAGGAGUACGCUGGUAAAGCAAAUGUUCAUGCUCCAGAGGUUGCCGUGGACACAACUAUAUUCCUUCCCCCUCCUCCUACUUCUAGUGAUUCUCAUGGUCUUCACUGCUCUGGGGGUGUUGUGCUAGCUUCUCGUGAUGGGAAAAUCGUGUGCGAGAACACCCUCGAUGCUCGUCUUGAUGUGGCAUUCCGUAUGAAACUCCCAGUGAUCCGUAGGUCAUUGUUUGGCCAAGUUGCUGCCUAAUGAAUGAAAGAGAUGUGAUUCAUACUGGUUUGUGUGUUUGUUUGUUACCCAUUUGGGAAAGAUUUAUCUUUGUUGUGAUUCUUUGUUUCUGCAGAAUUUUACUUUGAAGUCCAAAAGAACCCAUCGAACUCGUCGUUUACUCGUGUAUUUUUUUCCUCCUUCCUGAAUGUUAUCACUGGCCAUAAAAAUAAAUAAAGGGAUGAAAGACUUUUGUUA